AUGAAAGGAAACAAUCACGCCGUCGUGGUGUCAGAGGCAACCGGUGCACAUGUCCAUGUUCCCGGUACUGAAAUUCUUCUCGACUUGGAAGGUCACAGCAACCUCCAGCAUGCCAGAGUUGGUGAUGGCCACGUCUUGCUGGUACCCCAACCGUCCUUGAACGACCCUAAUGACCCUCUCGCCUGGCCCAGAUGGAAGAAAUGGAUGGUGUUUGCAAAUGCUCUGACAUACAGCUUUCUCGGUUCCAAUCUUGGUCCGCUUAUGUCAGGAGGCAUGGUGGAACAGUCCGCAUACUUUGGUAUCCCCAUCAGUCACUUGUCUUGGGCGGCCGGUAUCUCCCUGUUGGCCUCUGGAGUUGGUACGAUGUUCUGGGUUCCUCUGUUUGUAAAGUAUGGCCGAAGGCCUGUCUUUCUCGCCUCGACUAUCACGUCCGGAGCUCUGUGCAUGUGGUGUGGAUACGCCACCAAAACUACAUUUGCUUCCUUCUUUGCCGCACGAGCAUUUGCCGGCUGGUUUAUUGGUCCUAUUGAAUCGAUCACUGCCAGCACUAUCACCGACAUCUUCUUCCUACACGAUCGGGGUGAGAAAAUCUCUUACUUCGGCUUGUCAGUCCUCGGCGGUAACGAGAUCGGUCCUAUCAUCUCAGCGUACAUCAUUCAAGGAAUUGGAAUGCGAUGGGCUUUCUACAUCCUCGGGAUUGCCUUGUUUGUGAAUUUUAUCACUAUCUUCUUCACCAUGCCCGAAACUUCAUAUUGGGGAACCCGUCCCGAGAUUCCUCUCAGUGUUGUCAAGAACGGCGACGCUUCCGCUAUCCAGCCUUCACGCACUGACGCAGCCCCUAUCGACGAGUCCACAAGCGAAGGGGAAAUUGAGAAGGAAAUAAGGAACACGCCUGAGGUACAACAGCCCAGUGCCGAAGUAGAAGUGGGAUCCAUCCAGGAAACGAUCGCCAAGCGCUCCUACAUCCACGAACUGCAUCCGUACCCUGUGAUCAACAGGACACUUUCGCUGAAGAGGUUGUUCUUGAGACCGAUAGUCCUGGCAACUUAUCCCACAGUCCUAUGGGCAAGUGCUGUCUACGGAAUGGCCCUAGUGCCUCGAAGCACAAGGCUCGUAUGGGAAGAGUUGACUUGGCUGAUGACAUGCAACAGACCAUAUCUAUUCAACAGUGGCGCUCAGGGCUUGAUCUUUCUUUCACCAGCCAUCGGAAGUCUCGUGGCGACGUAUCUCUGUGGUCCGUUGGCUGAUCAAAUCGCAACUUACUAUACACGCCGCAACAACGGUGUUCGAGAGCCCGAGAUGCGGCUCCCCGUGGCUUACAUGGCUGCGUUCUUUACCUUUGCUGGUGUAGCCAUUGCGGGCCCUUGCUAUCACUACCAAACACAUUGGAUUGGGCCUAUAUUUGGCUUCGGUGUGCUCAGUGUCGGUGCUCAGAUGGCAGCGAACUUGGCCAUGACCUAUUGUUUGGACAGCCACAAGGAGCUGUCCGGGGAGGUCAUGACAACCAUCUCCGUCAUCAAGUCGACUCUAGCUUGGACUUGGUCCUGGUUCAUUAACGACUGGAUUGUGCUGAACGGCAUGAUGACAGUGUAUUUCAUCACCGCGGCAAUCAAUAUCGUCGUCUUGUCGUCGACCUUCUUGCUCUACUACUAUGGCAAAGAUGUCCGAAUUCGACUGCAACGACAGAACAUUCUUGGUCGUCUGAACUUGCUUUGA